GUACGUGUCUGGUCUACUCUCUUCGGUGUACGUUAGCUGAAGUUUGAUAUAGCCUAUCAUGAUGCAACACGAAACCUAGCAACGUUUGUGCAUAACCAAAGAUACAUGGUACAUUUCCGCUAAUGUCACCAUAAUGUAGUGAGGUACAAGCUAUUUUACUGGACAGGAUGUCAAGAUUUGACCGCAUGUCAUCAUUCAAAACAUAGUCAGCAUGGGGACGCUAGGUGGUCAGUGAUCAUCGUUUGUUAAUCUUAACAAAAUUUGAUGUCACGAUGGAAAUGUUUACGGUGACACUGACAUUUCAUUUAUUCAGAUCGUAGCCCAAGGAAGGGAACGAUCAGAGGUUAAGCCAAAAUGUUUGCGAUAAGUCUUAGCUGACAUAAGACUGUUUUGGAUUGUAACUCAGAAUGGUCACAGUAGUGUGACACAUUUCCCCCGUUUGAGCAACUGGUCUCUUCGUUGUCGACACGACAGUAAAAGGAGUUUAGAGACCCUCCAUAGAAGUUACGAACUGGUUCCGAGAAGCGUCAGCGAGAUAGCUGAGUCGCUAUCGAUCCUCUAAUGUUAGGGCAAUGGGUGCCCUGCGUGUAUUUACCGGCAUAAUGGGCAGGAUCAGUACUUUCAGAUCCUACCAAAUCGUCCUCCUCCUUGCUGCUGCCUUGGCAGUUGUUGCAUUCUAUUAUUUCGGCUCAGAGAGGCAGAAUUUCUCCAGCACGACCAAGCGUAUCAAACAGACCCAGGCAAGCCACAACGCCAAUCGCAACGAUGCCGACCUGUCGCUGGACACCAGGUUGUUGCACGCCGAGGAAAAAGUGGGGGCAGCUGGGGAAGGCGAAGGUAGGGCGAAGAGGACGCACAACCAGCCCGAGGAGAUGCUGCAUUACCAUGCACUGAUGAUGUUCACGAAGGUGGACAAGAACAGGGGCCUUCAGGCCAAAUUCCAGGUGGCGAUGCGUUCAAUGGCCAAACACGGGCGCUUUCUGGAAGAGGAGGUACUCGUCCUUCACUUUGUGAGUGAUGAGGCGAGCCAGGAGCUGGGCAAGCAGUUGCUCCCCCAGCUGCUUCUGGAUGCUUCCUUCAAGUAUGAGGUGGUGUUCCACGACGUGGCUGCCCUAACGGAGAGGCUCUUCCCCAUUGUGGAGGCCAUGCAGAAGCACUUCAGUGCCGGCUCUGGGGCCUACUACAGCGACUCCAUCUUCUUCCUGUCGGUCGCCAUGCAUCGCAUCAUGCCAGCUGAUAUGAAGCGUAUUGUCCAGCUGGAUUUGGACCUGAAAUAUCGGUGUAAUAUCCGAGACCUCUUCCAGGAGUUCAACCAGUUCCAACCAGAAGCUGUUAUUGGAAUUGCUCGGGAGAUGCAGCCUGUGUACAGGCACACGUUCUGGCAGUACCGCAAGGAGAACCCCAAGUCCGGCGUGGGCGACCCUCCGCCCGACGGCCAGCCGGGCUUCAACAGCGGCGUGAUGCUGCUGGACCUGGAGGCCAUGCGGGCCUCGGCCCUCUACAACCGGCUGCUGGAGCCCGAGCGCGUGGCGCGGCUGGCCGAGCACUACCACUUCCGCGGGCACCUGGGCGACCAGGACUUCUUCACCAUGAUCGGCAUGGAGCACCCGCGCCUCUUCCACCCGCUGGCCUGCGGCUGGAACCGCCAGCUGUGCACCUGGUGGAGGGACCACGGCUACGGCGACGUCUUCCAGCUCUACUACCGCUGCCAGGGGCCCGUCUACAUCUACCACGGCAACUGCAACACGCCCAUACCGGACGACUGAACGGCCCCGUGGCGGACGGACGUCAGGACGCCUCGGAGGAGAAAUCGGGACAAUUCGGUAGCGCUGGGAGAAUUUGGAACGAGCCUGAAUGUGGUAGCGCCAUUUAGAAAUGCCUAAUGCAAUACCAAAUUAAGCACAAAAGAAGAGGAAUGUUUGGUAAAAUAAAGUCCUUUGUGAGAGCAAUGGACAAGGUACCUCGCAAAAUUGUUUAUGGUGCCAACCUGUUUUGACAGGAUCCAAUUUGGUAACAGUGUAUUACCUUAACAAGAAGGGCUAUUCUGUGAUUACUGAGAUUUUGCCAUUGUGGUACAAAAAGGGACACCAGGGUUCAAGUUAAAGCUAUGCAUCUUUUUGCCAUUGAAUCAUUUCAGAAAUGUCUAGAUAACAAAUAUUUUGCCAGAAUGUCAUAUUUUGACAACAGAGUUCUAAAUGUUGCUAAAAUAUUUGUAUUUUUUUCCACUGAAUUGCUGAUUGUGUAAAUAGAGGUCUCUCUGUUGCCUCUCUGUUCUUUUUUGGUCAUCCUUUUAGCCCUCGCCCAUCUGGUUGUAGCUGGAUGUUUCUGUUGAGUCGUCAGUGUUGUUUUCUGCAGGGCUGCUGCAGUCUGUCCCUCCAGGAGUGCAUCCCUUAUCUGUGUGUGUCAGGAGCCAAGGCAGGUGGGCCACUCUCUCUCUGUUAACCCUGCAGGCCAGCCGACGCUGUCAGGACCUGAGCCCUGAGCCAUGUGACUGUGUGUCGUGGGAAAGAUUGUUGCCUCUGAUUCAUCCACCAUGAAGUAUGUGUGUGUGUGUGUGUGUGUGUAAGUGAAUGUGUGGGUACAGGUAGUAAACGUCUAAUAAGAGUAGAGGUAAGGAAUGCUGAAGAGGAGGAGAAGAAUGGGAGGUGGAGGUAGAGAAAGAGGGGAUGGUGAGGGACAAGGUGAAGGUGAAGAAACAGGAGGAAGAUACACGGCAGCUGAGCAGCAGCGGCAGCAGCAGUGGAGAGGUGAGAGGAGUGAAGCAGAGCACUGCUGUGUCCUCCCCACACACACACACACACACACACACACACACACACACACACACAUCCGCUCUGCCUUUGAUGGCUCUGUUGUGAGGCUGGAGGACUCCCACACACGCUCUCUCACAUAUGCGAGUUGCAUUCACAUUCUCUAACCUUUAUCUCUCCCUCUCUCUUUACCUCCGCCUCCCCCUCUCUCUCUCUCUCUCUUGCUCUCUCUCUCUUGCUCUCUCUCUUUCUCUCUGACCUCGUUCUCUGUGACACUUCACCUGUUAGACUCGGCGCAUUCUUAAGCGUGUGAAUCUAUGCAGAGCAGCAGCAGGCAUGCUCUGGCCGCCCGACUCUCUCAUCUCCUCUCCUCUCCUCUCGUACGGGCGAGGGCAGGCGGGCCGUGUGAGGAGAGCGGCUGUGCGCGCACACACACACACACACACACACACACACACACACACACACACACACACACACACACACACACACACACACACACACACACACGGCUCCGUUCCGCCUCGCUCUGACCUACUUUUUGCGCUGGAGUUUGACACCCUCGCCGCCUGCUCAAGGUCUCCUACAGCGCUGCACGCUCCCAGGGACGCUGAAUGGGAUUAACUCGCUGCUCCGUGGAUGAAUCGAGGGAGGCAGGCAGUCUCAGCGGUUGGCCGUCUGUAGGCAGAGGGGGUGUGGGUGGGGUGUGGAGGGGUUCAUGUUUGCUGAUUGGCAGAUGCAUGUAGCGCGAGUGUGUUCUGCUUGGAGACGAGGUGUGCCAAGGCGCAUUCCCGACUGCUGCAGAGAGUUCUGGCAGUUUUCAGGGGGUUGAGUUCGCCCCCACAUCGCCCACCCCCUCUCACCCUAACCCCAUCGCCGGUGUCUGACCCCCUGGGAGGAUCAGGCUCCCAUCCGAUCGGGAGGCCGAUAGCGGGCCGAGAGAGAGGCAGCGCGCUGGUUGUUUUGCUUGGCUGGUGGCAGGUCUCCUUAUCAAGGCACAGCAUGCUCCUUGGCAAGCCCUCGUCCGUCUGCACUGCCCCCGUCGAAAGGACAGUGUGAGUGUGCGUGUGGGAGCAGAGAGAUGGAAGAAAGCCUCCCUUCUGUCUGACCGCCAACCGCCCCCCAUCACCCCCCCCCCCACCCCAUCACCCCCCCCCCCCCUGUGUUGAUGUGUGGAGCGGUUGGCAGGCAGUGGCGAGACCCAGACCCAGUUUCCUGAGGUCAGUGGUCUGAAUGUGGGCUCUGAGGGACGAGGUCACAUUUUAGUGUGUUGGGAGGCAGCGAGACGGGGGAGAGUAGCUGUGCUGUCUGGCCGGGCCUCUCGCUCUGGUUCUGCUGAACCAGAUCAGCUCGUCCCCAGAGAGGUCCAAUCAAUACUGUAGGUCGGGUCGCCACUGUUGAAUCUCUGUUCAGAACUCCGAUGGCUCUAGCUGAGAGAAAUUAUGAAGGAGAUUUUUUUUUUUCCUUGAGAUUCCAUGCCCAUAAUAUUUUCCUUUGUUUCUCACAUUAGUUCUAUCACUGGAAAAUGUUUCCUUCUUUUUCUUUUCCACACCUCUUAUUUUCCGUGUGCAAAGAAAGGGAAUAACUGUGGUCCGUUGCAUUUUUUUGUGAUAACUGUCGUCCAAUGAAGUACUGCACUCUCGUUACUGUGCUGUUAUAUCUUGUAAGUUUGUGUCACUUUAUUAUGGCUAAAAAGUUGCCAAGCCCUGCUCCUCUACAUUGAAGGAACAACAAUUAGAAGAAUUUUUCCAUUUAGAACUAAGUUCAAUUGAUUAGUCCACUUGAAAUGUUGGAAAAGGUCACUGACUUGAUGUGCUGUGGUCUUAAAAUCCAAUCAAUGAAGGCUAAUCUGUUAAAAAGGGAAGCUGCAAAUAUGAAUUUAUAAUAUGUGUCUAUUUAAAAAAUAAUAAUUGAUUUGUAUUUUAUUAUUUGUCAGUGUUGUUAGUUGUUUUGUUCUGUACCAGUGUUUUAUUCACACAUUGUGUGAAUCAUAAUAUGAAUAUUGUUUCAAUUUUAACAGGACACUUGACCAUGAGUACUACAACAUAUGCUCAAUCUUACAACCUGUAUGUCUUUAACCUAGUUCCAUCACCAGUUGACACACUUCAGAUGAGUGCUGGACAAUUGCUCUAAACCAAUGUGUUGUCUCAUUCCCAGGAUAGUGUUGAAUUGUUGCUCCCUUGCCCUUCACCUGGUUGUUUAUUUCUAUUGUAUUUGCUGUCAUUAUCAAAAUAAAUUGAAUGUAUU